AUGUCUCGCAAAACUCCCGGAGACAGUCGACAAACCGCUAUCGACGCGGAAAAUAUCCCGCUUUUGAGCGCGUGGAAGCAGCUCGCCGCCACUUCUGUCGAGGCAUCCAUCGCAGGCCGCCCCGACCUCUUCCAGUUUUCCAACAACCCACUGUCUCCUCUUCACCGCUGUGUACGCAUCGGGGACCUCUCCAUUCCAUCGUACACCGGCGCACAUCAGUGGGCCAGCGCCCCCAUUCUGCCCAACGACCAGACGGCCUUCGCCCGUGUUCUAGAUGCACUCGACCAGAGUCACGUCCAGGCCACAAAGGACGCACCGGACACAUCGGACCAGCCUUCCUCCCCACCCACCGACACAUCCCCGCCGGCAGACGAGCCCACCGCCGAGGGCACAGAGCUCGGCGCUCCCCUCGACCCCAUUCCAGCACUACCGCAGCAGCUGCCCCCUGACGAGCCCACCGUCCUCGUUCCCAAAACCAUCGGCGCCCUUUACAUCGCCAUGUCCCCCGUGCCGCGGGAGUUCACAAUCGGCAUCGCGCUCCUCCCCCGCCACCGCGGGCGCGGCCACGCGCUGCGCGCGUGCGCGAUCGCGACGCAGUGGGCGAUCGAGUCCCUCGGCGCGCACCGCGUCCAGGCGCGCAUCCUCGCGGGGACCCCCACGACGCGGCACGCGGUCCGCCUCUUCUCCGCCCUCGGCUUCACGCACGAGGGCGUGCAGCGCGGCGCCGUCGUCGGCCCCGACGGCGCCUGGGCCGACGUCACCCACAUGGGCGUCCUCGACACGGACUGGAUCGUCCGCGCGGAGCACGGCGCCGCGCCGAGCCGCCUCUGGGACCAGCUCUUUGAGCGCCACCAGCUCGAGCGCGAGGACCUGCUGCGCUGGGAGGAGGCCCAGGCCGGGCUCAGGCCGCCGAGGAGGAGGGGGAGCAUGGACACCAUCCGGGCGGUGGACGUGGGGGACAUGUCCGACGCGGACACGGACAUGGAGUCGGAGAUGUCAACUGGGACGCGCUCAACGCGGUCGUCGUCGACGGUGCCGUCGCGCGCUUCGUCGCGCGCGGAAAUGGCGAGCUACGCGGCGUCGUUGAGCGAGAUUCUCGAGGAGGCCUGGAGGCACCGCGCAGGAAGCCAGGAGGACCCGUUCAGCGACGAGGAGUGGGUGGACUUUGCAAGCUGGUCGUCUUACGGCACGAUUGCGAGCACGUCGUCUUCCGAACGAAGUCUUGUCAACCACCUCGAGGAGACCGACCUGUACACGGACAGAGCGGAACUGCGAGCGUUCGCAUCUCCAGACGAGGUUCCCGGAGGUUACGCGAUCCUCUCUCACGUCUGGGAAAGCGACGAACAGUCAUUCCAGCAAGUACAGGCAUUCCAGCUUCAAGCCACUCUCAUCAGCGGCAACCCGCGCGACCUCGUCUCCCCGAAAAUCCGGGCGUGCUGUCUCCUCGCCGAACGCCAUGACCACAAGUGGGAGAGCAGCGCGGAGGUCUCCGACGCGGUCAACUCCAUGUUUCUCUUCUACGCCUCCGCCGACGUCUGCUACGCGUACAUGCGCGACGUCCCCGGCGGCUACUUCUCCGAGCUCUUCUUCUCCAUGUGCAACUCCCCGUUCCGACACAGCGCCUGGCACUUCCGUGGAUGGACGCUGCAGGAGCUCCUUGCCCCCGGACUCGUCCUGUUUCUCUCUCAAGACUGGACCGUUCUCGGCUCCAAGGCCGAUCUCGCGGAACUGCUCGAGGAUAUCACGCGAAUCCCGGUCGACGUGCUUAGAAUGCAGCGUGAGCUAUCCUCUGUCAGCAUCGCACGGCGGAUGUCGUGGGCGGCGACCCGAAAGACGACCCGCAUCGAGGAUGAGGCGUACUCGCUCAUGGGUAUCUUCGGAGUCAACAUGCCCGUGCUCUAUGGGGAGGGAAAGGAGGCGUUUCGGCGGCUGCAAGAAGAGAUCAUGAAGCACUCCGUCGACACCUCGCUCUUCGCUUGGGGCACUGGGGCGUUCACAGAAACAGAAAUCGCCACUGCUCAGCAUACCGUACUGCCCUCUGCGUCGUGUGCCAUGCAUGAUGACCCUGCACGCUAUCUCCUUGCCCCGUCUGUGUCGUGCUUCGCCGACUGUCACAAGGUAGAGUGGCGGGCGCCUGUAACCCAAGUCCCUCCAGACCCAAGUGGGAUGCAGCUUGACAUGCCUUCCUCCAACUGGAUAGGUUUCCCCACAUUCACCCACAGCCCUCACGGGAUCCUCGGCCACGUCCCUGUCCUCCCUCUCCCGUCUGGGCCGGUGGCGGUCAUAUUCUGCACCGUCGACGAAGACACCCUUCUCCUCCCUAUGUACCCCUGUCCAAAAGCCCCGGACCCCUCACGCCCGUUGUACCACACAGGGCCGCCGGAGUGCCGCCUCGUGCGCGCCGGCACGGCCGCACUCCAGGGCGUCACUAUCUCGCCGCACGCCUUCAAGCGGCUCUACUUCGCGCACCGCCCGACGAGCUGCGCGCCCCGGGUGCCGCGCACGCUCGCGCUCGUCAACGGCGCCGCGUUCGCGCCGUUCCGGAUCUCGCAGGCGACGCUCCGCGCGCUCGCGGCGCAGAACACGCGCUUCGUCGCCGCGACGGACGUGCCGUUUCCGUGGGCGGGCGCGCCGCCGUUGGCGCUCGCGCUCUGCGCGCCGGCGCGCAAGUACUUCUGGGUGCUCGCGCUCGGGCGCUGCGAGGCGCGUAAGAGGGUGCCGGACCCGAGCCGGCAGCCGGUGGGGGGCGGGAAGCGGGCGGGGCCGCACUGGGCGUCGAUCCAGCAGUGCAACUACGAGUACAACCGGAUGCCGACGGGCACGUGUGCGGACAUGCACUCGUGCGAGACGGACCACGUCGCGGACUGGCCGGAGGGGAAGAAGACGUUCACGGGGUACAACCCGGGGUGGAUCCCCAUCGACCUUGUGUUCUCGCCGUGUCCGAUGAACCCGACGGGGGAGACGCUGGUGCUGCAUAUCGACGUGAGGAAGGUGAGGGCGGCAGGGCCUCCGUCAGUUUGA